GAGGUUUGUCUUGUUGUUGUUUUGUUUGUUUGCAUCCCAUUCAAAAGUUGCUAUAUGCAUUGUCCAUUUAAAUUUGUCCAAAAACAAGUUGCCGUUUGAAUGUUUAAUGCAAUUUAUGAAAAUUGUAAUAGACAAUUGAUGGCAGUGAUUCACAAGAAGAAUCAACGCUCAAAACGGUUUAUUAUGAUUUGGCAAUAUUGGUAGCCAUACUUGAUUGAAGGCAAACGUCUUUUUUUCAAUUUUGACAACAAAAAUCGAUUGCAUCGUUAUGGAUACCACUCAAUAUAUAUGCUGAUGAUGAGGAUGUUUAUUUGUGAGAAUGAAACACCAUUGAUUUCAACCACACACUGUUAAAACACAUCUAAACAACAUUCCAAUCGUUUGUUUUUCUUGUGGUUGUUGAAAUAAUUUCCGUUUUUCUCCAAUUUUUUUUUUUAAUUUGGAAUCUAUGAAUUUGAAAUUAAACUGAACAACAACAACAACAAAAAUAAUGGCUGAUCAAAAUCAAAUUGAAGAUGGUGCACGUGGCACACUUGAAACAAUCGGAAUGACAUUGUCAGCAAUGCGUAAUCUAUUGACCAUUGUAAAUGGUUUGGUUAUAUUUUUCUCAUUAUAUUUCCUGAUUUCGGGUAAAAAUCUUGGCUGGGAACCAUUACAAAUGGCCAUAUGGAUUCGAAUCAUAUUAUCAUUGAUUGUAAUCAUAUUGGCCAUUUACGGCAUAAUGGCUGCUGUUUGGUGGGGUAAAAAAUCUAAAUUACAACUGAAAAUGCUCACUGUAUAUCUGAUCGGUAUCAUUGUCGUCACUGUUGUUGCCAUCAUUUUAUCAGCCAUUUAUGUUCGCCAUCCUACUAAAUGGGACAUUAUAUUCAUUGUUUUAGCUUGUUUAGCUACAAUCAUAUUGAUUACAUCGACAUUAUCAUUUUCAUAUGGAUUGAAAAAAACACGUUUAUUACGAAGAUUUAAUUUGUUUUCAUUAUAAUUUUUUUU